CAUUCUUUUGGGGGGUUAGCCAUUAACUAACGUUCCCAGAAUGUUGACAACGCACAUGCAUGCAUUAACAUAUUAAGGAGGUUUUUGCAAAAACUUUACUUCAUGUUCUCUAAUGCUGUUUUUAAACGUUUCAAAGAGGUCUUGUUAAACAUUUACUAACAAUAAAUAUAUUAAGCAGACAUUUUUUAAGACGCCGCUUACAAAUAAAAUCGUGAAUAUAUAUCUUUGUCCUCACACUAAGCAAUUGUGUUUCUUCGACGAACCCGCUUGUUCAGGGAUCGUGAAGCCCGCAGUUGUGGAGAUCAGUAGCGGCGCUCGGCCCUCGCCAGGGGUGAAGGUGACUCGCCUGUUGGUGCGGGAGAUGCAGAGGAAGCGUCGCGGACGCUCACUCAGCUCCGUCACAUCAGUCUAAUCAUCGAAACAACCCGCUUUCAAGGAUCGACCUCACCCUCUCAUCGAGGACAGACGGAUUAAAGACAUUUUCUGAGUGAGGUGGUUUUAUUCGUGGAUGCGUAUGCAUGUGUUCUGCACCGAACGGGCGAAAGAACCGCCCCAAAUCCGCAGCCAACAUUUUUCAAAUCGGCAAAUCUUCGGUGAGGGAUCCGGAGCGCCGGGAGAGCACCGAGAGCACGCGGAGAGCUCAGCGGGCGAUGGAUGACUGUAGAACGACCGUUCAGGAGUUCAACACUCUUGUGGCUCUCCAUCGUGAGCAGGUCAUCUCCAUAGGGGAGAAUACAAUUGACUGUCCUUCUUUAAGGGCACAGAUGCACAAGACUCGCAUCAAAGGAUGUGCCGUAGCCCAGGUCGCCUAUCAAAACCUCAUCGAAAUCUCUGGGCCAGAGGAUGGUGAAAUCCACCCAGAAAUAUGCAGAUUGUUCAUCCAGCUUCAGUGCUGUCUGGAGAUGUACAUUACUGAGAUGCUCAAAUCUAUGUGUCUGUUGGGUGUUCUGCAGCUCCAUAGGAAAGGAAAUGAUGUUUGCCCUGAGCCAAACAUGGACUACAAGGUUGACGAAAGCUCUGAUGUGCCGAUGCUGGAAGAUCGAUCAUCGUCACCUGUAGACUUUCCACAGGAAUCCUGGGUUGUGUGCACAGACAUCGAGAACAUAGAGAGUGAUAUGCGAGAAAUGAGGAACCUUCUAAGCAAACUCAGGGAGACAAUGCCUUUGCCACUAAAAAAUCAAGAUGACAGCAGUCUGCUAAAUCUGACUCCAUAUCCACUGGUGAGGCAGAGGAAGAGGCGAUUCUCCGGGCUUUGUUGCCUUAAUGCUUUAAAACAAUUCAUCCAGGGUUUCUUCUCUAUGGAUCGUGCUACCAUUCCCCUUGUCCUACUUUGCACCCUGGCUUCAUUUACCCCCAUUAUGGGAUGCUUCUGUGACCAUUACCCAUGGAGUUCAUGGUCCUAUUGCACCAAAACCUGUAACUCUGGUACCCAAGCACGUACAAGGGCUGUACGCUAUGAUGAACACUGGAACAAAAACAAUUGUUUCCAGCUGUGUCAGACACAUGAGACCAGAGCGUGCAAUGUGGAGGCUUGUCACAUACACUGCCAGCUGACUGAGUUUGGACCCUGGUCAGAGUGCUCGCCGUGUGCCAAAAAAUCUUUCAGAACCAGGUCUGUAUUGAGGCCAGCUCAGUUUGGGGGGGACGAUUGUAGUCCAUCUCUUACAGAGGAAAGAGCCUGUCAUCCCUCCAAGGAAUGUGGGAUUGAUCCUGUCAACUGUAAAGACAAGUUCACCUGUGACAGUGGAAGAUGUAUAAACGCUACUCUGCAGUGCAACAAGCAGAACGACUGUGGGGACAACUCUGACGAGAGAAACUGUGGGCAAAUAAAAAGCGUGUGUGCAAGUGAACGGAUAUUUGCUUUCAUUCCUGGAGCAGACCUGAUUGGUUAUGGAUUUGAUGCUGCAGCAGAGCAGAUGAGAGGCGCUGUUCUGGACAACUCAUUCAUGGGGGGUGAAUGCACUCCACAAAAACACAGGAGAAACUACUACAGAAUCCCUGCCAACAUUGAGAGAUAUGAAAUCAAGGUAGAAAAUCUUGAGGAUAUUAAAGAGCAAGAAAUCAAACCCCAAAAAGUCAACAUGGCCAAAGAAUCACGUCGUUUACUGCUCAAAGAGGCAGUGAAAGCAUCUCAACAAAAGGACUCUGAGUUUUACAGGGUGCAUCAAGUUGUUGCCACAUCAACAUUCAGACUGAAACCCUCUGGCCUCUACUUAGCAGACCAGUUCCUUCAGUUUCUAAACAGUCUACCACUGGAAUACAACUAUGCCCUUUACAGACAGAUCUUCCAGCUGUUUGGGACACAUUAUUUCAGCUCUGGGACAUUAGGAGGAAAGUAUGACCUCCUUUUCCAAUAUGAUCGAGAAGAACUAAAAACCUAUGGACUGACAGAAGUAGAAAUGAAUAGUUGCUUUAGUCAGGAUUCCUCCAUCAUUACUAUAUUCUAUAACAGAGAAUCAUAUAGUUCCACAUGUGGGAAACAUACAUUACAAACCAAAUAUGAAGGGUCAAUUGUAAAAGCAGCAGAGAAGUGUAUCACGUCAGUGCAAGGAGGUAGAGCUGAAUUUACAGCAGCCCUGGCCUGGGAGAAGAGAGGUGUAUCGCCAGACAGCACCACAUACCAGAACUGGAUCAAAUCUACAAUAGACAAUCCAACUGUUAUAGAUUUUGAGCUUUUGCCUUUAGUGAAUUUGGUUCGGGGCUUCUCUUGCUCUGUGACGAAGAGAAGACAUCUUCAUAAGGCACUGGAAGAGUAUCAGACCGAAUUUGAUUCCUGCAAAUGUGCCCCCUGCCCCAAUAAUGCUCGGCCUGCUCUUUCUGGGACAGAGUGCAUUUGUAUUUGCCAGACCGGGACCUAUGGGCCAAACUGCGAGAAACGAGCCCGGGACUAUACUACAGAGGAAGUUGAUGGGCGCUGGAGUUGCUGGAGCUCUUGGAGUACUUGUGACCCCACCUUGAAGAAGCAUCUCCGUAUCUGUAACAACCCUGCACCGCAGCGAGGUGGCAGACCCUGCCAAGGCCCUGAGAAACAGGUGGAGGAAUGCACCAUCUCUAUUUUCCAGACGCAAAAUGUGUGCAUUAAUGAUGAUGACUCUGAGACUGAAGGGUCCCGUGAGAGCCAGUUGCCCCCUGGAUCUUCUGGCUGUCCAAAACCCCAUCCACCUGCCAACAGCCACCUGAGGAUCAACAAACGUCAGUACGAUUAUGGAGAUCACGAGGAGUUUGUUUGCUUCACUGGUUUUAAACUGGAUGGAUACCAGCUCAUUCACUGUUUGCAAGAUGGUACUUGGGAGAAGCCAAAGGGACUGUGCAUUAAAAAUGUUUGCACCAAACCCACUGUACCUGAUGGCAUGGCGAUAUACCCAGACAAAAUGGAGUUUCAAGUAGGAAGUGACAUCAUGCUGGCCUGCUUAGAGAGUGGCAUGAGUCCCUCAGGGCGUCAAUAUUACACGUGUGGGAAGAGCCUUGUUUGGGAGCCAAACAUCCCACAAGACAUACACUGCAAGAUUGAUAAACCCUUUGUACCAGACAGCAGCUGUAAACCUGGAGAGAUGCAUGAUGGGACUAAAUGCAUCUGCAUGUCCAAAGAGAGAUGCAGAAAUUACAGAGCAGAACUGUGUGUCUUUGACGCUGACAAGGAGACUGCCAUUAUGAUGUCCCUCUGUGCUUUUCAUGCUGACCGUUGUCAUGGAGACAGAUUAUACUUUAUGAAUAAUGGACCAUGCAAAACCGACGCAGGCAGUCUGGACUGGGCCAAAUUCAGGGCCAGCGUAUCUGAGCAGAGCUCGGUGCGGGAGCCCUGCGGUUCAGACACCUGUUACGAGUGGGAGACCUGCUCAGUAUCAAAAACAUGCGAGUGCAAAAUCCCCAGGGAAUGUUCCAAAGAAGGGAAGCAAAUGUACUGCCUGAAAAUUGUGAGAAUGCAAAGCACACGGAGCUUGAAUCUGUGCUUCAUGGCUGCCAUGAAGUGCAGCAAGAUGGAGUUUGAGCUUCUGCAUGAAGGUCCUUGUGCAAGUUCUUAAUUGUGCACCAAUUUUGUAGACAUUUUCACAGCUGAAAUGCUCACUCAUUAUUGAUUUGUACAGAUAACCGUUUGUUGUUUUAUAGUCACUCACAGUAUGCUAUGCAGUUAUUUUUUUGAGCUGUCUGGAUAUUGAUGUGGAACUUCACAAUAAAACGUUAUCAGACUUUCA